UAUUGAGCCAUUAAACAACUAUAAAAUAAUAAAAAUUAAUUUAAUUCUCAUUUCUAACGAUUAGAUUUUUAUUUAUAGUCAUAAGGUAAAAAUAAAUGUGUUAUAAUUAAUUUAAUUACUAUAACCUACUACUUACUUGUAAAUGUAGAGCAUAUUAUUAUUAUUUAUUAUCAUUCAACAAUUACAGUACGUUAUACCACAGAAUAGGUUAUACAUACGUCUCAGCUCUAAGAUAGAUAAUAGUAAUAUAGAAGCAUAGUAUAGCUUAAAUUAUUUUUACUUAUUACGUACUAUAUAAAUGAUUAUAUUUCAAAAUUAAUUAUUGAUAUAAAAUCAGUCUACUGUAAAUAACUAAAUUAGUAUUGCACCAUUUAUUCUAUUCAUAUAAUACUGUGCAAUUUAAACGCAUGUUCAUUCUUUUUUAAAACAAAUGUAUCGAAUAAUUUUUAAAUGUAUCAAUAACAAAUUCAAAAUAUUUCAAUCAUGACUGAAGUAAACGACUCUGAAGCUUCUUCAAUAUACAGAGGGUGUUCUUUUUGGAGCUGGUUUCCUUGGAGCUCAAUGUCUUGGAAAUGUUUACAAGAAGCCGAGCGGAAAUUAUUUGCAUAUGUUCAAUCUCCAUACCGCACUCGAUACGUUAACCUAGGUCCAGUUGUUGAACAAGAAGAUAAAAUAUGGACAUUAGAAGUUAACACGGAAAAACGUGAAACCCCUGUAGUUUUGUUACAUGGUUUUGGUGCUGGUAUUGGGCUUUGGUGUAUGAAUGUUGACAAAAUAUCAAAUAAUCGUAGACCUGUUUAUGCCAUGGAUCUAUUGGGCUUUGGUCGUAGUUCUAGGCCAAAAUUUAGUACAGACCCUGAACAAGUGGAACAUCAAUUUGUAAAUGCUAUUGAAAAAUGGAGAUCAGAAAUUAAGCUUGAAAAAUUUAUUCUUCUUGGCCAUAGCUUUGGAGGAUAUUUAGCUACUGCUUAUUCUAUACAACACCCUGAAAGAAUUCAUCAUUUAAUACUUGCUGAUCCUUGGGGAUUUCCCGAAGAAGACAAAAACUUUAAGAGCAAAAUUCCUUGGUGGGCCAAAGGAAUAUUUUAUGCUCUUAAAUCAUUAAAUCCAUUGUGGCCAGUAAGAUUUGCUGGUCCUUAUGGUCAAUGGUUAGUGACAAAUUUGAGAUCUGAUAUAUUGAAAAAGUUUGAACCAGUUCUUGGAGAACAAACAACUGUGAUUGGAGAGUAUAUAUUUCAAUGUAAUUCUCAACGUGCAACGGGUGAAAGUGCUUUUACGUCAUUAGUUACUGGUUUUGGUUGGGCAAAGAACCCAAUGAUUAAACGUAUACAAUAUUUAGAUAAAAGAGUGCCCAUUACAUUAAUUUAUGGACAAAACACUUGGAUGGAUAAAAGUAUUGGAGAGAAAAUUAAAUCAGAAAGAAAAAAUUAUUUUGUACAUGUUGAGACUAUACCCAAUGCUGGUCAUCAUGUUUUUGCUGAUCAAUUUGAAGUAUUUAAUAAUCUAGUAAAUAAAAUAUGCGAAGAAAACGUACUUGAAAAUGAAGAAUAGCAAAAUAAAUCACAAUAUAAUAGAGUUAUAUGAUUUAUAUUUAUAUUACAUGUUAAAUUAAUUAUUUAUUUACAUUAAAAUAAAAUAUUAGUUCAUUUUA